GAGUGCAGCGCCCUGGGGACCAUGCCUGUGUCCCUCGUGUCCCCCUGACCCGUGUCCCCUCUGUCCCCCCCAGGAGUGCAGCGCCCUGGGGGACAUGCCCGGCUCCUUCGUGCCCACGGUGACGGCCAUCACCACCAGCCAGGACCUGCAGUGGCUGGUGCAGCCCACCCUCAUCUCCUCGGUGGCCCCGGGGGCUCCGAUGGCGCAGCCCCCGCCCCCCCUCGACCCCUACGACCUGCCCGGACCCAGCUACUCCACCCCGGGCCUGGGCGUCGUGGGACCCCUGGCCCCGACCCCCGCCCGGGCUCCUCGCGCCCGCCUGCGCAGCCGCGACGAGACGCUGACGCCGGAGGAGGAGGAAAAGCGCCGCGUGCGCCGCGAGAGGAACAAGCUGGCGGCGGCCAAAUGUCGGAACCGGCGCCGGGAGCUCACGGACCGGCUGCAGGCGGAGACGGACCAGCUGGAGGAGGAGAAGGCGGAGCUGGAGUCGGAGAUCGCGGAGCUGCGCAAGGAGAAGGAGCGCCUGGAGUUCGUGCUGGUGGCCCACGCGCCCGCCUGCAAGGUCCCCUUCGAGGACGUGGGCGAGGUGAGCACCCCGGGCAAGGCGGGUCGCCGCCGCGCCGCCGCCUUCCUGCCCCCGGCGCCGUUCCAGGGGCCCCAGGGCCCCUUCCCGGGCUGCUGCCUCGCGCCGGGGGUCCCCGCGGGACCCCCUAACGCGGCCCCCCCCGCGUCUCCGUUUGUGUUCACCCACCCAGAGGGAGCCGCGUGCGGAUCGUGCGGAGCCUCGCACCAGCGGAGCAGCGGCAGCGACCAGUCCUCGGACUCCUUGAACUCCCCUCGCUCCUCGCGCUGUGAAAACCCCCUGCCCCCGGGACAGCCCCCCACCCACCCCCGGCCCGGCACCCGACCCACUACCUCCCAAAAAAAUUCAACAAAAACUAACCCAAAACCCCUACUCCGGCAUAUCUCCCACCUCCCUCUCCCACACCCCGAGCCGCUUUUUCGGGGGUUUUUUUUUAAGGGGGAGGUUUGA